CUGCCGAUGAAAUUUCAAACAAUGUUACGGCAAGUACUGUAUUUUAUUUCGAUGCUCUGUCUGAGGUCAGUCAUCGCACAGGUCACUUACUCUAUUCCGGAGGAAAUGUCGAAGGGCUCUUUGGUCGGAAAUAUAGCCCAGGAUUUAGGUUUGGAUGUUAAACGGCUGAAGUUGGGUAACGCUCAUGUUUAUUCUGGUGAUAGCAGAGAAUACAUCGAGCUGAACAAUGACAGAGGAGUCCUCCUUAUCAAAGAGAGAAUAGACAGAGAGGCGUUGUGCGGCGAUACGACGCCGUGUGCUGUGCAUUUCCAGAUCGUGUUAGAGAACCCUAUGGAAUUUUACAGUGUCACUGUAGAAAUAACAGAUAUUAACGAUAAUGCACCGACCUUUGAAAAAAACGAAAUUAAAUUCGUUAUUAGCGAGUCUGCAGUAGUUGGGGCAAAAUUUGACUUAGAAAGAGCAGUGGAUUCGGAUGUUGGCUCAAAUAGUCUUCAAAGUUACGUGCUUAAGCCAACUGAUAAUUUUUUAUUGAAGCUGCACAGUCAAGCGGAUGGUACAAAAAAUGUUGAAAUGGUUUUACAAAAACCACUGGACAGAGAGAAAAACGAGUUAAUAUCUUUGGUGUUGACGGCUGUAGAUGGAGGAGAGCCGCAGAUGUCGGGAACAAUGCAGAUUUCUAUCACUGUGUUAGAUGCCAACGACAAUGCUCCCGUUUUUACACAGAAGAUUUACAAAGGAACGGUGGCUGAAAAUUCUGCAAAGGGCACGAUCGUGACCACUGUUAGUGCUUCAGAUGCUGAUCAUGGUUUGAAUGGUAAAAUAAUUUAUUCGAUCACAAACACAUUGGAUGACGUCAGACAUAUGUUUGAAGUAAAUGAGGACAGCGGGGAAGUCAGAUUGAUCGGACGUUUGGAUUAUGAAAAGAAAAGACAUUUUCAGAUCAGUGUACGUGCAAGAGAUAAUGGAGGGCUGACAGAUUCUUGUAAAGUGACUGUCGAUGUAGUUGAUAUUAACGACAAUCAACCAACGAUUAAAAUCAUGUCUAAAUCAACUGUUAUAUCAGAGAGUGCAGACCCCAACACAGUCGUCACAAUGAUUAAUAUCCAGGACCCCGACUCGGGUGAAAAUGGUAAAGUUCAGUGUUUUAUAAAUGAUAAUAUUCCGUUUUUACUGAAAUCGACUUCAAAUAAUUUCUAUAGUUUAGUGACAGACGGUGAUUUGGACCGAGAGACAGCAUCAGAGUAUAAUAUCACAGUGACCUGCUCUGAUGAGGGAGUGCCCUCCCUCUCCAGCAGCGUCACUCUCACCUUACAGAUCUCUGACGUGAAUGACAACGCGCCUAUUUUGGGUUAA